GAUUUCAGUCAGUUUCAGUCUUCUUCAGAUCAGAUAUUUCUGUAGGGUUAUGUUACAAUACUAAAUUACGAGUAAUAAAAAUAGUGCAUGGUGAAUUUUGUAGCCAUAGUGGCCAGUGCCAAGUUAUAAGUUUGUCAGUGUUAUAGUUGAGUUGAACGUGAAUCUGUAUACAUAUUUACAAGUUUACAGCGUAAACAUCUUGUACGUCGUCUGCGCACCAUUAGUCGACUUGUGAAAAAAAAUCUGGGGAUUUUCAAGAUGUCGAAUGAACAUGAUCACAAGCAUCGUUACAAAAAUUUUGGUCUUGACUCAAAAGAGUUGAGAAGACGCAGAGAAGAAGAGGGUGUACAGUUAAGGAAACAGAAAAGAGAGGAGCAAUUGUCAAAAAGACGCAAUGUUCCUAAAGUGGUUGAUGAGGACGAUGGGGUUACUAUAACAGAAGACUUUUCAGUUUCAACUACUAAUCAGCAGCCUCCUGGAAUUACCUCUGAAAUGGUACUAGCCCUCUAUGAUCCAGAUGUCAAUAAACAGUUAGAGGCAACUCAAAAGUUUAGGAAACUCCUUUCUAGGGAACCAAAUCCACCCAUAGAUGAAGUUAUACAAACCGGAAUCAUACCUAGAUUUGUAGAAUUUCUCAAAAGUAAAGAUUGUGUUGUACAGUUUGAAGCUGCUUGGGCUUUAACAAAUAUUGCCAGUGGAACGUCACUACAAACCCGAGUGGUGAUUGAAGCAGAAGCAGUACCUUUGUUUAUAGCUCUAUUAAGUAAUAACUAUGAAGAUGUACAGGAACAGGCUGUGUGGGCUCUGGGUAACAUUGCAGGAGACAGUCCCGAGUGCAGAGAUCACGUUUUAAGCAAUGGAAUUUUACCACCUCUUAUUGCGCUUCUUGAAAAACCAACGCGUCUAUCUAUGACCCGAAACGCCGUCUGGGCUUUGUCAAACUUGUGCAGAGGAAAGAAUCCUGCACCUGACUUUCAAAAAGUAGCACCUUCUCUAAAUGUACUAGCGUAUCUGUUGAAUCAUCCAGAUGCCGAUGUUUUAGCUGAUGCAUGUUGGGCCAUUUCUUACUUGAGUGAUGGACCAUACGAAAAAAUUCAAGCUGUUAUCGAUGCUGGCGUUUGCCGGCGUCUUGUUGAUUUAUUAAUGCAUGAGCAGAAUAAUGUCGUAAGUGCUGCAUUGAGAGCUGUGGGCAAUAUUGUUACUGGUGACGAUGUUCAAACGCAGGUUGUUUUAAAUUGCGGAGCACUGCCUUGUUUGUUACAUUUGCUCGGACAAUCACGAGAAAACACCCGUAAGGAAGCUAGUUGGACAGUUUCUAAUAUUACCGCUGGAAAUCCACAGCAAAUCCAAGCUGUCAUAGAUGCCGAAAUCUUCCCAAUUUUAAUCGAAAUUUUGGCUAAAGCCGAUUUUAAAACACGUAAAGAAGCUGCUUGGGCCAUUACUAAUGCUACAAGUGGAGGAACAGCGGAUCAAAUUCGAUACUUGGCAAAUCAGAAUUGUAUUCCACCCUUGUGUGAAUUAUUGUCAGUGACCGAUGCCAAGAUCAUUCAAGUAGCAUUAAAUGGAUUAGAAAAUAUUUUGCGGCUCGGAGAGCAAGAUGGAGCUCUCAACAGUGGUAUCAACCCUUAUGCCGUACUUAUCGAACAGUGCUUUGGCCUUGAUAAGAUUGAAUUUUUGCAAUCCCAUGAAAAUUUGGACAUUUACCAAAAAGCCUUUGACAUUAUUGAACAUUACUUCAGCCAAGAAGAAUAUGACUCGAGAAUUGCUCCGAGCAUUGAUUCACAGGGUCAACAGUAUCAGUUCCAAACCCCCGACUCCACCACUCAGCAGUCUGUUCACACUUUCCAAUUCUAAGUCGAAGAAUCGAAAUUUUACUGUAAAGUGUAUACAGGCAUGCAUUACUUUUAGUCUAUCGAAUGAGCUACUGUCCAUUUUAGGGAAACUUGUGAUCUCUAAAAAUGAAAAGGAUACAAAAAAAUUAUUCUGUACUCAUAAUAUUUUUAAACUUUCAUUUAUUUGAUAUUUCUCAUCCACUCUUAAUUUUUCUUCGAACUUUUGCGCUUUUUAUUAGUAUUUAAAUUUUAAAUCUAAAAUUUUAAAAGCAAACUUCAUAUGAGUUUUGUAGAUUAUGAGUUUUUACGGUAUAAGUUGAAAAUAUUUGUUAAGUGAUUUCUUGUAUUCUUGAUACACUUACUGUAAAAAAGCUUUUAAUUAUUUAAUCUGUAAUAUAUAACAAUCAGUUCGAUUUCAAUUGAAAAACAGAAGAUAUUAGGUGAAAAAAAAAAAAAAAAUAAAAUAAAAUAAGAAAGCUUACAAGUGAAGAUUAGCUGAAGUAAUAACAAAAAAUCAUAUACGUGUGUGAUCACUGAUCAGCUCUCUUCAGGCUAUGUGUGCCCUUCACAGAGCACGCUUUGAGUUACUCUACUGACUGUCAGCAAAUCAAACUUGAAGCAACGGACAUUACCUCGUUCGACGUUAACUGACCCAGAAAAACUUAUACGAAUACUUGCAAUGACUUGCAAGACGAUAAAAAAGAAACGACUGAAGUACGCGACUAACGUAGCCGAAAUACAGACAACACUACGCAACUCGCUACUCCACUCAUUACCUACUUUAAGUAGGUACAUGACCAAUAAAACGUUUUUUACUGUAAAUACGUAUCUCGUAAUUUACAGGCCAUUCUAUACAGGGUGCCCUUAAUCGAACAUGUGAUAAUAAGCAAUGGUAAUAUAUGUUUUACAACAGAAAAAUCGGAAAAAGUAGCUGAUAUAUCAUAUGUAAUAUAUAUGUGCUUCAAUUAGUUAUUUUAUUGUAAAAAAUAUUUUAUAUUAAGCAAAUCUUUAAAAUAG